CUAGAAUUGACUUAUUCAAGUAUCGAUUAGGCCAAAGCUAACAAUGAAGUAGUAAUAAUAUGUAUUUAAUUUAAGCAGCUGUGCAGAAUUUUCCAUAUGGGUAUAAGGUGAGAAAGUAAAUGGUUAACAAACGAUUUACCCAGAUGUCAUUUCUUGAGUAUUCUGAAAAAAUUUGUCAUGCAAAAGCCGCAUCCGAGAAGGCAUAUUUCUGUCAAGUUUGUUCAUUUAUUACAAGAUCCAAUUUUAUGUGGAGCAACCAUAUCAAACGUCACAGGACUGCGCUUCAACGCUUUGAUUGCGCAAAUUCCACCCUUGAAACAUGUUCAAACACGUCACUCAACCCCCAGAGAAAAAGACGAAUUUUCAGGUGACAACUUCAAAAUACAAAGUUACGUUUGUGACAGAUGUCACUUUCAAACAUAUUUUGUAAUUAAGUGGCUCAAACACACUGCAGUUUGUAAGGAUUGUGAAAGUGUUAAGCCAUAUUCUUGUGACCAAUGUGACCAGAAGUACAAAUACAAACGUUCUUUAAAUUUCCACAAAAUUACAAAGCACUUGAAUGACGAUGAAAUAUUUUGGUACUACUGUGCUGAUUGCUCGUACAAAACUAAACUAAAAUGUUUGCUGAAAAGCCACAUUUACUACCACCAUGCACGCGGACGUGACAUCAAAUGGUUUAAAUGUGAAGAAUGUUCGUAUAAAACUAGACACAAGUCGUCUUUGAAUGUACACAUGAACGCGCGACAUUUGGACGAACAAGACGUCAAAUGGUACCAUUGCGAAAAAUGCCCCUAUAAAGCUAAACAAAGCUCUGUAUUAAAAAGUCACGUAAUGGUGCACCAUAUGGAAGAACGGGAGAUUAAAUGGUACGAAUGUUCAAAAUGCACGUACAAAGCGAAACGCAAAUGUGGGUUGAGAAAUCACAUAAAUGCGCGUCAUUUGGAAGCAGAAGAAGUCAAAUGGUACAAAUGUAAAAUGUGUCCAUUCAAAUGUAAAUUUAAUUCUGGGUUAAUAACCCACACGAAUCGGAAGCAUUCAGAUAAACAAAAAUCUAAAUGGUUUGUGCACCGAAAAUCGUAUGAAUGCAUACACUGUCCGUACAAAACUCGAAAAAAACAUGAUGUGAAAACUCACACCGCUGCAAAGCAUGGAGAUGUGCAGAAGUGGUUUAAAUGUGAUCAGUGUCCGUUUGUGAGUAAUCGCAAGUCGUCUUUAAAAAGACACGCGAGUACUUUUCACGUGGAUGAUUAGAAUUUUAAAUGUUGCCAAAGUAUGUCCAAAGAUCAUUUAAAAAGACUACGAAGAAAACA